AGCACUUUUGAUCGCCAAGGUGACAGGACUGGCCAAUCCACGCCCAGGCCCGAGUAAAACCGACAAGAUUGAUGACAAAAGUUCGUCUUAUGCUACUCCGGUUCGGCUGAAUCGCCAUUUGGACACGUGGCUCGACCAGCUAGCCGAGGUCCUCGUGGCCUGUGGAACUCCGGGUUGCCUACAAGUGCUACUCUGGCGUCUUGACGGCCUCCUCGAAGAGCUAGGUCCUGAGGGCAUGGCAACAGACGACGUGAGUCAAUUGAGCCAAGACCAGAUCGCCGCAAGGUCUAUUCUGCUCGAAUGGCUGUUGCCGGCGUUCGGCGCUGUCUCCAGUCCACGGGUCGACUUCAUCCAGUCACUGAUCACCACUUGCAAGACGUUUGGAUCGGCUGAAUUGCGACACUCCUGUAUCAUGAGUCUGUCUGCCUUGGUCUCGAAGUUGGGACCGACCAGCACUGAGCAGUCGAGUGGGGCGAGUGAAGCAAGUCCCAGUCUACAAGAGCGAAUGGUGAAAUUGUUGACGCAUCUGCUCGACACCGAGACCGGCGCAUUGGCCGCUGAUGAAGAGGCCUCAACACGAAGGCAACGUCUGCUGGUCGGCAUAACGGCGGCUCGCUUACUCCGCGCCACCGAGCUCUGGCGGCCACUAUUUCGACUGGCCAGUCGCACUUCCAAAACCACUGCACCUCUCAAACCGGUACCAAUGGCCAUUCGAGCCCUCGCCAUACACGCAUUAGCCAGCCUCCGGCCACCCGAAGGCAUGGAGUUGACUGAGUUGCGUUCUCGACUCGCCGGACUCUUACUCAUCCGCCCCGGGAUCGCAAAUCAAGCCGUCACCAUGGCGACAUUAGCAGUUCUGUUAAGGCUCAACUCACCGUCCAGUUGGAUGGCUCAUUUGUACGGCCAACUGGCCAAGCAAGCGCGUUGGCGCGAGAUUGCCGCCUCGAGAGGGGAUCUUGACUACUGGUGCGGUCAACAGAUGAUGUCAAGUCGUGACUGUGACUGUCUCCGCUUUGGACGCCCCGUUUCCGACUGUCCGAUCGGUCUGGCCGCCGGAUGGUCAGGACUGGCGACCGGCAACCGAGAUUCCUCAGUUGGUCUUGGCUACGUGCUUCAUUCUGAGUUGGUGGACGCGAGGCCGACUUCCGCUGUCGACUACCUCUUCAGACUGGCCGAACCGCGCUCGGCAAGCGGCGGUGGCCUAGAGCUGGCCGGUCUCUCGGUGAACCUGAUUACGGAGGAGGGUGAACUUGGACUUAUCGGAGCAAGUUUAGUCGGCGAUCGA